AGAGGCUACGGGAGAACACCCGCCAAGCUCGGUGUGUUCGUCACACGGGGGCAGAGGAGGAAGGCAUGAUGGUGCUCAGUGGCGUUUCGAACAGGCAUGAUGCUCUCCAGGCAGCCUUGUCAAGCGGAGCAAGCAUCAAUCCAAACGCGGGAGGUGUUCACUGCGGUAGAACCCAUGAAUAUAGUGGAAGCGACAUCAGCCAAGAAGUCCAAGACCUCGCCACUAGCCUGCACCUGAGUUCGUCGUCCAGAUCAUCCUUCAGUCAGAAGUUAUUCGGUUCCAUGAGCAGCAAAAAGCGUGAUAGACAGUCGCAGCGUGAAGACAAAGUGGCCAUCCAAAAUGCCAUCGGCGCUGCGCUCGGACGAAAGUGUGCCGGAACCAUGUUUGCAACACACUAUGGUUGGACUCCAGGAACCGGUGUCUGGGUGUUGGAUGGAUCGGAAGAGAGCCAUGCCCGUAUGGACAAUGUGUCUCAGUCCGCUGACACUCCGAUGACAUGGAACAUGCAAUUGAAACUUGCCGGUGCCAAGUACUAUGACCACUGGGCGGAGCAUCCGGCGACAGCAGACAGCAUGCUGGAUCAGGGAUACAUCUUCACUCACGAAGAAAUUGCUUUGGCCAAAGCAAAGAGGUCUAACAAUGAAGAUCCACCAACCGAGGAUAGCUUCGCUUGGCCUGAAAAUGAGUCUGAAGAUACCACUUCCGAGCACGUCGAGCGGUCAGUGAGCGAAGAAGCAGUCACGGAUAGUUUCGCCGGUCUCCCAGAACAGGAUUAUGACGAGGAAGACGACGAGAGUUUGACUCAACGAGACAUUGACGCAUCUAUCGAGGAUAGCUUCGCUGGUCUCCCAGAACAGGACUAUGAUGACAACGACGACGAGGGCUUGAGUCAACGAGACGUCGACACAUCCGUGGUGGAUAGCUUCGCCGGUCUCCCAGAACAAGAUGACGAUGAGGACGACGGGAGUUUGGCUCAACGAGACAUCGACGCAUCUGUGGAGGAUAGCUUUGCUGGUCUUCCGGAACAGGAUUAUGAUGACGACGACGAGGAGGGCUUGGCUCAACGAGACAUCGACGCAUCUGUGGAGGAUAGCUUCGCUGGUCUCCCAGAGCAAGAUGACGAAGAGGAGAGUGAAUAAAGGGACAGUGGAAUUUGCUUUCUUGUGCUUAACUGGAUUUAGAGAUGGAAUUCUGUAGGCUGGCUUUGUUUCUGUUUAUGUGAUGUUCU